AUGGGUUCUCCGUUGACUCCCAAGUCAUACAAGACAGACAUUGUGGACAUGACUGUUCCCGACAUUUCUCCCCUAGCCACUGACGAACCUGACAGCAAUGCGCCUGACCCCGUGACCCCAACAAUAAUUACCUUCCAAACCCAGCCGGUGCUGUCACAGACGCCGAGCCUGAAACUACAGUACGCCUCGAUGGACUUUGCUUUCAACGACAUUGCCGUUCAUUCGCCGUCUGAUUUUCCACGUCCGCAUUGCGAGUCUUCAGUGCAAUGUGCUCACAGUAUACGUGCGCCAAUAGUCGUAUCGCUUUAG